GAAACCCUGGCUGCAUGUCUCCUGAAAAGCACUAGCACUAAGCCAGAAGUAACUCUUUUACAACUUCUUUCACAGAGCCUAAGCAACAUAACUGCCCACCCGCCCGUGCCCCAAAACACAAACAGUGAAUCUUCACCAACAGAGCUUUCGGGAGACUAAUAUCUCCACCGCUUACAGGAGAACCCCGAGGGACAUGAGAAUCAUCUGAAAACAUGAUAACCUUGCUAAUACUUUUCUGCAUUUUACCACAAUUUCAUGGACAACCCCCUGGUGAGCAGCUGUGGCCGGAAGCCAUCGCUCAGCACACCAAUGUUCUUGGAACCUAUCCCAAGGGCCGUUACCCAAGCCUGGCAACCCUAGUGCAGCAUGACUCCAAGGUGUACCGCCCAAAUGAGUGGAGAUGGGACCAGAAUGAGUUGAUGUGGACCCUGAUGGGAACGGUUGGUGAGUCAAUUGUGGUAACAUGCAGAAAGGUGGAAGGAACCCUCCAUGAAAAAGCCACCUCCAUCAUAAUUGCUGGAAAUUUUAUGGAAGCAGGUGGAAGGAAUCAUCUGGACAUCCCCUCAGCAAAAUUGUGUCCCACAAAGAAAUGGGGGUGUUCCAAAAUAGAAAGUCCCGUUACUUUGUGUUGCCGCCAGGAACAUGUUGGUAGUUAUGUUUCCAGUACCAAAACCACCAAUGUUGCAAUUACAAGGGAUUGCAAUGAUGAAUCACUAGAUUGCUGGUACAGUUUUACUUUGGUCAAACCCACUUAUGUGACAUGUCGCUGGGAGAAUGAAACAGCUAGUCCAUUAGGACUAAGAGGCUUGGUUUACACAUUUAAGAUAAACACCGUACCAAAACCCACACCAAGUGCUGUAAUUACACUCUCUCAGACCCAAAGUGUGAAUCCUUUUUCUAAUGUCACACCCCAGUUGGCAGAGGCAACAGGAAGCCAUUUCACCUGGCCCUGGUCUCAAGCCUUCCUACAAUCCACCGGAUCUAUGGGAAAUGUCACAGGUCUGAACUUACUAACAGUAGUUACACAUGAGGAUAAGUUGUACACUAGACAGGAAUGGGAGAAACACAAAACCUGGCAGCUUCAAGGAGUAGUGGGUGAACUAAUUAGUGUUGGGUGCCGAAUGGUUAAUGGGUCUGACUACAGCAAAGCCAUGUCAAUCAGUGCUUCUACAGAUCGGGAAAACAAACAGAAGCGAAUCUGUACGCACCCAAGCAUACAAGAUUGCUGGUACAGCUUUACAUUAACUGACACUACAGAGGUAAUUUGUCUCUGGGCCAAGGAUACUCAAGGCCUUUCUUUUGAAUUUGUAAUAAAUGCUGAAACCACUGUCACCACUUCACCUGUACCACCGGUCACACUCACCCCGAGAAUUUUCGAGAUUGGACCUUAUGUGAUCAGGAAAACUGGCCAACAACAAAUAUUGUUCAAUCCAGCAUGGUCUCUCAAACAGGUCAAAUUGCUAAUGCAGAACAACGUUUCAGAUAUUCAGCCAGCCUGUUCUCCGUUCCUGCAAACUUCUUUUGAAGGCUGGACCACUUGGCUUCGGAAACGAAGCUCCUUUAAAACUAGAACACCAACAGAUGUGACCGGUGUUGUGGGUACAGGAUUGGGAAUUCUGAAUAGCAUUGAUUCUGAAGUACUAAUGAACAAAUUGGCUGCUACAACUAGAGAUUUGACUAAAUUGCAGCAAUCACUGAGGUCAUCUCUGUUAGCCUUGGGGAUGCACCAGGGGUUGCUGUCAAACAUUUUGCCAAAUUGGGAAAGAGUGAAUGUGAAUGAUCACAAAUUGGUAAUUGAUGCACUAAGUGCCACACAAGACAAUGUUUCCCUAGCCCUCAGCUGUAUCCAGGCACAAUUGUGGAUGCAGUCAGUCUCUGCUUCAAUUAUAAGAGAGGGCGAGGAAGGCACCUUCCCCACAGAAAUUCAGAAAAUAAUCUGGGACAGUGCCACUGAAUUUGAAAGGGAAUUCCAAUCCUGGUGGAAACUGGUGAAUUUUACCUAUGAUCCCAUUUCAAACACAGCCACUGCUUUUGUUUUAACCAUACGCAAUGCCUGUGUACAUUUGGUCUUCCCUGUUAUUGCAUUAGGAUUAAACCAUGACGGAGCUGUUCUCUAUCCUACUGAACAUAGGGGAUGGGCCCGUCAGGUCAAUGAUAAAUGGCAAACUGUUAAUCUGGAAUCUUGUAUUGUCCGAGAACAGCAAGGGUUCAUCUGUGAAAGCAAUGCAAUUGCAGCUCAGGAUAUCUGUUUAGACACAGAGGAGAAUAUCUGUCAUUUUGAGAUUCGUCCAUAUGAGGAUACCCAGACAGUUCUUAUAUACAUAGGCAAUGGCUGUGCAUGCUUUAGAACCACAUGUGAUUCUGUUUUUGUAGAAGAUGUUGUGGUAGAUACAAAGAAUCACUCAAACUUUUGUGCUUGUAACUUUACUGAGAUUGUAGGAUGUGAUUUCUUUUACAAAGCUCCAGUUACCUCUCACUACCUAUUGCAAUCCAACUACACACUGAUCCAGAAGCUGAUGCCCACUCCUAUCGGAAUGAACCCCACCCUCGUGAGACAACUGCUGCUCCAUCAGGACCUGGUUGACAUCCUCGAGAAAAUCAAGGAGAACGAACAGAAGACUCUGGUGACUGUUCAUCACAAUGUGAGACAAAUACACCGGGUUAUGGAGAGGGUAAAACAAGAUGCUGAGCAUAGGUGGUGGGGUACUCUUUUUGGGUGGUCACCUACUGCCACAGGUGUCCUGAACAGCGUGUGCCAUCCAAUUGUUGUUCUUUUGAUCCUAGUUACGCUUGGCUUUAUCUUGUCAGCAGCCCUAUUCGUUAUGAAUUGGAACAUGAUGAAAAAGCUUAGCAGAUUGCCAACUGUAAUCAAUGCACACCGCUUAGCUGAUGUACUCUAUACACCAGAUGUCCUCGAAACACUUGACACAAAAUAA